AAUCCCCACCCCCAUUUGGUAAGCUCGCAGUUCUAUGAGAAACCACCAUUGAUCCUCCACCACCCUUCUCCGUUAAAAAACCACCACCUCACCAUCGCCUACCCUCCACCUCCCUCUCUUCCCCCAUAAACAAACGAUUCUUUCUUGCCGCGCGUCGUCUCCUUAUUCUCCUCGCAUUCCCACUUCUUCAACCCAAUAGCAUGCACCUAUGAUCUUCCAACAACCUAAAACACUGCCACCCACAUCCUUCCGAUCAUCAAUUCCUCUCAAACCCAUCUCUAAAUGGGAGGAAAUCGACACCCCCGUGGUUUGGUCGUUGGUAAUUACUGCCAUGACGUUCUUAUCAAAGAUGAAGUAGUGCUCGCCCAGACACUCGGCGGUGCUGUUUCCUUCAUCUCCGCCGUCCUUGACGGCCUCAACAUCUCUUCCGAUUAUGUAUCCAAAGUGGGUUCUGAUUUUGCCUACACCGUCAAAGUCAAUCAUGCGCCAAUUGUAUCUCCAUCGGGGAAAACCGCCGUCUUCCACGCUUAUUUUUUCUCCGAUCCAUCGGAGAUCCGGCGAGAGGACCGGAUUCUUAAACGGGUCCAAUCAUGCGACCCGAUUUCCUCAUCUGAUUUGCCGGAUGAUGCGAAUUUCAAUUUCGGUAUGGCAGUUGGAGUUGCAGGGGAGAUAUCUCCCGAAACCCUAGAAAAAUUGCUGGAUAUAUGUGAUGUCGUUCUCGUCGACAUACAAGCUCUAAUCAGGGGUUUCGAUGAAAUAGAUGGGACUGUGAAGCUCGUGAAGCUAAAGGAAAGUGGGUUUUCUCACUUGCUUCCUCGAAUUGGGUUCUUGAAAGCUUCCGCGGAGGAAGCACCAUAUGUGGAUGUGGAGGAAGCUAGGAAAUCGUGUUGUGUUGUGGUGACGAGCGGCGAAGAUGGGUGCACUCUCUAUUGGAAAGAUGGGGAAAUGCAGAUAUCGCCAUUUUCGACUGUUCAGGUUGAUCCAACCGGAGCUGGUGAUAGUUUUCUAGGAGGGUUAGUUGCUGGGUUAGUGCAGGGAUUGGCGGUUCCUGAUGCUGCCUUGAUCGGAAACCUCUUCGGAUCAUUGACCGUCGGCCAAAUUGGACUGCCGGAAUUUGACUCCAGGUUAAUGCAGAAAGUAAAGGAUGAGAUGCAGCGGAGGAAAAUGCAGUACGAUGGGCGUGAUGAUGAAUCUUGCAGGUUCAUGAAGCGGAGGGGUCAUGAACAGUUUAUCGCGUCACUAGGUGCUGCAAAAUUACCAACAUCAAGGCCGAUUUCGCCUGAUCACCAGAUGUUAUUUCUUAAAAAUAGUGUUUUAGAAGAACCGAUUAAGUCGGUCGACACUAAACCUUAAUCCCGGACCCCAUUCGACAGCAAUAGAAUACCCAUAAAUCAAACAUCUUUCUGAAUAGAAUCGUAUCUAUGAAUAAAGGAGCAUUGAGUUUGUUUGUAAUUGUAGCUUCUAUAUUCUGCUACCUAAUCAAUCUUUUAAU